GUGGGAAAGCAGGGUCAGUGCUGGGAUAUCAGGAGAGGACGGUGGGACAGCAGGGAGCGGUGCUAGAGCAUCAGGGAGAGUGGUGGGAUAUCAGGGAUGGUGGUGGUAUGUCAGGGAUGGCGGUGGGAUGUCAGGGAUGAUGGUGGGAUGUCAGGGAUGGUGGUGGGAUGUCAGGGAUGGUGGUGGGAUGUCAGGGAUGGUGGUGGGAUGUCAGGGAUGGCGGUGGGAUGUCAGGGAUGGUGGUGGAACAUCAGGGACACUGUUGGGGUGUCGGGGCCCGGCGCAGGGCAGCGGGUGCCACCCUGGGGCUGUGGCCGGCAGGUGGUGUCGGGGGAGUUCAGCGAGGACAGCGAGGUUUACAACUUCACGCUGAACGCGGGGGACGAGCUGACGCUGAUGGGGCAGGCGGAGAUCCUGUGCGCCAAGACGGUGAAGGAGAAGUCGCGCUUCAACACCCUCCUGCGCAAGCUGGGCAAGGCGGCGCCGGCUGCGGGGGCGCGGCAGGUGAAGGGCAAGAUGCCGUGCCUGAUCUGCAUGAACCACCGCACCAACGAGAGCCUGAGCCUGCCCUUCCAGUGCAAGGGCCGCUUCAGCACCCGCAGCCCGCUGGAGCUGCGGCUGCAGGAGGGCGAGCACACCAUCCGCAGCAUCAUCGAGAAGGUGCGGCUGCCCGUGAACGUGGCCGUGCCCAGCCGGCCCGCCCGCAACCCCUACGACCUGCACGCCAUCCGCGAGGGCCACUGCUACAAGCUGGUCAGCAUCAUCUCCAAGACGGUGGUGCUGUGCUGCAUCCUGCGGCGGGAGGAGCUGGUGCCCUUCCACUUCCUGCUGCUCACCGACAUGCCGCGCUUCCAGCUGCCCGAGGGGCUGCUGGCCGGGGACCCGCAGCUGGAGAAGCUGCUGCGGGACAGCGCCGCGUACUGCCACGACCGCUUCAACCCCGACGAGUACUCGCGGGCCGUGCGGGAGGCCAAGCCGGACUUCCUGGAGGAAUGUGCGAGCCCGCGGCGCCUGCGGCUCUGCCUGCCCGCCUGCGGCCGCGACGAGCUCAGCCAGCCCCUGCAGCGCCUCUCGCUCUGUGCCUGCGGCUCCGGGGGUCCCCGGGAGACCCCCGCCCGCUGCCCGGCGCCGCGGGGCCUCGGCGGGGGCACCCCGCGCCCGCCGCUGCCCGAGUGCCCCGACCCCGACCGGGAGUACAUGACGCCCGACUGGGCCGAGCCCGAGUUCAGGACUCAGGAGCCGCUGGAGAUUCCCUACGAGGAGCUGUGGAGCAAUCCCAGCCCGGAGGGCUGCUGCGAGCUGGGCAGCACCGGCGGCCGGCCCGACCUCGUGUCCUUCGGGGCCGUCACCCCGCUGGGCUCCCCGCGCCGCCCCGGGGACGAGCCCCGCGGGGACACCCCGCCCCCCGUGCCACCCAAAUCGGAGGCGGUGAAGGAGGAGUGCCGGCUGCUGAACGCGCCCCCGGUGCCGCCCCGGGGCAGCCGCCCCCCGGCCCCCUGCAGCCCCCCGGGCCCCCUGCGCUGCCCGAAGCUGGCGCCCGCGCCCUCGCCCAGCCCCAGCCUCUCCUACUACUCCUCGGGGCUCCACGACGGGUCGGCCCCGCGCAGCGGCAGCGCCUCGCCCUCUCCGGACGCGUACUCGCUGUACUGCUACCCCUGCACCUGGGCCGACUGCAAGGCCGCGGAGCCCCCCGGGCGGCCGCCGCCCCCCGCCCAGCCCGCGCCCAGCUCCUGGCCCGACCCCUGGGCGCUCCCCGAGCCGGGCGCCGGGGCGGGCAGCGGCUGCUCCACGCCGCUGCUGGGGGCCGAGCCCCCCCUGAAGCCCUUCCGCAGCUGCCCCCGCCUCAAGCCCCCGCACCCCCAAAAGCGCUUCGCCCCCUUCGGGGCGCUCAACCCCUUCGCCGGCCCGGCCGAGUGGCCGGACAGUCCCGAGUGGUCCAAAACGCCUUCGGCCCCGGCCGCCCCCUCCUCCUCCUCCUCGCCGGAGCCCUUCGCCCCCGCCGAGGAGCCGGCGGCCCCCCCUCGGCCCCCCAAGGCCUUGGACGGGGACGGCAUCGUCAUCCGGGGGGCAGCGCCGCUGUCCCCGGCCGUCCUCCGCGGGGCCGAGGGCGUCACCCGCCUCUACCUGGCCCAGGGGGUGAUCGAGGUGCCCCCGGCGGCGCGGGGCGAAGCCGCGGCCCCCCCGGCCGCCCCCCGGCCCGGCGGGGACGGCCCGGCCUGGCUGCCCCCCGCCGACCUCUCAGCGCUGUCGCUGGAGGAGGUGUCCAAGUGCCUGCGCUUCAUCGGCCUCUCCGAGGACGUGGUGAGCUUCUUCGCCCGCGAGCGCAUCGACGGCAGCAUCUUCGUGCAGCUCAGCGAGGAGAUCCUGGCCGAUGAUUUCCGCCUCACCAAGCUCCAGGUGAAGAAGAUCAUGCAGUUCAUCAAGGGCUGGCGCCCCAAGAUCUAGUGGGUGUCCCCGGGUCGCUCCGGGUGGCCCCGCUCCCGCCCCUCUCCGAUGCUGCAGGUUCUCCUUCCCCCCUGCCCAGCCCUCCCCCGCCCCGAUUUAACACUGGACAGUCAUUUUGGCCCCAACGGGCUGGAAAACGCUGGAUUUUGCGUCGGCUGGUUUAACUUAAUCCUUGUGGAUUAGCAUAAUAAAUGUACGGGAGAGUAAUGAGCCCCCGGAGAAGGCCCUUGCUGCGGGAGGAGGGGACGGGGGGAGGAUGGAUGCUCUGAGGGGUCUCUCCCUUCCUUGCAGACCUUUCCCAUCUCUUGGGAAGGGAUUCACGUCCCCUCCACGGGCAGAUGCUGCCGUCAGAGCUGUUCCUGGGGGGAUGCCAGGGCCUGCAGUGAAGCCCCCUUGGCCUGAGGGAUCCCCAGGCACAUCCCUGCAUCCAAGCCCUGCUCCCUUGAGCUCCCCAGGAGGGCUGAAGGCUGCUCACCAGUCCCGCGCCUCCCCCAGCACUGGGCACAGGCAGAGGAGAUGAUGUCUUGGCCCAGUUUCAGGCUGAAAGACAGAGAGAGGUGACACGAAGAGCAGCAGCACUCAGCUUGUGGCCCAAGGCCUGCCAGGGAGCAGGAAAAUGGCUGGAAGCUGGAAAGGAAGCCAGGGAGGGGGGGCCAGGCCAGUGACAGGUGCUGGGAGAUUUAAAGCCUUUUAGUUUAACUUGAGCUCUCCCCACGGGGGGCCCUGCUGGCCUUUGGCUGCUCGAUCUGCAAUUACAGGAGGAUCCAUCUGCCAGGAUCACCUGCCAGGAUGACCCCAAGGCAUCGGACUGCAGAGGGAGCUGGGGGCUCCUCACAGCCCCUGAGUGAUGGCACAGGCUCCUCACAGCCCCUGAGAGGUGGCACAGGCUCCUCACAGCCCCUCAGUGAUGCCACAGGCUCUUCACAGCCCCUGAGUAAUGCCACAGGCUCCUCACAGCCCCUGAGUGAUGGCACAGGCUCCUCACAGCCCCUGAGAGGUGGCACAGGCUCCUCACAGCCCCUGAGUGAUGGCAGAGGCUCCUCACAGCCCCUGAGUGAUGCCACAGGCUCCUCACAGCCCUUGAGUGAUGCCACAGGCUCCUCACAGCCCCUGAGUAAUGCCACAGGCUCCUCACAGCCCCUGAGUGGUGGCACAGGCUCCACACAGCCCCUGAGUGGUGGCAGAGGUGACAGUGCUUUGUCCUGCUCUGCUGCCAUCCUGCCCCUCGGUGGGAGCCAGCACACCACAGAACCUCAGGGCACUGCCUGAACCACUCAAUCCCAACUGCAGCCAUUCCCUCAGGGAGAUGGGAGAAGCAGGAGUCCAAACCCAGGAGAUGGGGCUUUAUUUUUGGUGGAUGUUUAUGGAAAGGCAAGGCCUCGGCUCCAGCCACAAGCUGGAUGCUACUGGCCAGACUGGGAGCUCUGGAGGCCACGGCACAGAGGUGAAGGCAGCAGCAACUCCCACC